ACCUUUCAUUCAUCAGCUUCCAACACUCUACACCUCCACCCUUCUUGUGUCCUUCAGCUAUUUCUCUAUUCUCUGCUCUCCUCUGAUCUCCGUCGUCCCUCGCGCGAGUAUGGAUUCUGCAAAGGUGUUAGAAACUCUCUAUACUUUUCCGGUGGAGGGAAUACUAAAUUCGGUCACUUCACUUGCUGCUCAAGAAAUCAGUCUUUUCCGAGGAUUCAAAAAAGAGCUAGCUAAGCUUCGUCAAUCGGUACUUGCAAUUCAAGGGUUCUUAGGCGAUGUUUCGUACCAACCACGGAACAGGGGCAAGGCGGUGGAGGACUGGGUGAAGAAACUGAAAGACGUAGCUCAUGAUGCUGAUGAUGUAUUGGAGGACAUCAACUACGAAGUUCUCAGGCGUAAAGUAGAAAUUCAAAACCACAUGAAGAAGAAGGUACUUAACUUCUUUUCGCUCUCCAACCCCAUUUUAUUUCGUCAAAAGAUGGCCCACAAGAUUAAGAACAUCAAUGCGUCACUGGCGGCUCUCAAAGGGGAUGCAGCUUUCAUCGGCUUAGUUGCAAGGAGAGUAGAUCAAACCCCUCCAGGUAUGGGGAACAGAGAAACUGUCUCAAGCUUCGGUCACGAUGAGAAGAUCAUUGGAAGGGAGAAGAUUGUGUCGGAUAUCAUUGCAACCUUGAUCGAGUCCAAGAAUCAGGAAGAGUACCUUUCAGUUAAGGCCAUUGUGGGAAUGGGAGGACUCGGAAAGACGACUUUGGCAAGAUCAAUAUUCAAUGACGAUGCUAUUGGUAGACAUUUUGUUGAAAAGAUGUGGGUGUGUGUAUCCGACACUUUUGAGGUUAAUUCGAUUCUAAAUCGGAUGUUAGAAUCCCUUAACUCAAACAGGACAGGAGUUACAAGUCGGGAAGCAUUGCUGAAUGACCUCAAACAAAGGUUGACAGGGAAGAGGUAUAUUCUAAUACUCGAUGACGUUUGGAACGAAGAUGACAACUUAUGGAGUGAUUUUACGAGUUGUUUGUCGAGACUCAAUUCUGCUCCUGGAAGCGUUGCCAUUGUUACUACCCGUAGUGCUAAGGUUGCAUCAAUCACAGAGACAAUGCCAAGGUGUGAUUUGGCGAGCCUAUCAGUAGAUGAUUGUUGGUCCAUAUUAAAGAGUGAAGCAUUCCCAAAUGGUGCUCCUCCUUUAGAUCCAAAACAAGUGGACAUUGGAAGGGCCAUAGCUGCAAAGUGUGUUGGCGUACCAUUAGUGGCAAAGGUAUUAGGAAGCCUGAUGCGUUCCAAACAUAGUACAAGUGAAUGGUCAUCGAUUCUGGAAAGUGAGAUAUGGCAAUUACCAAAAACAGAGGAUAAAAUCAUGUUGGUUUUGAAGUUAAGUUUUGAUAAUUUGAAGUCUCCAUCCUUGAAACAAUGUUUUGCAUAUUGUUCAAUUUUCAAAAAAGAUUUUGAAAUUGAACAGGAUGACUUGGUCCAGCUCUGGAUGGCUCAAGGAUAUCUCCAUUUUUCUCCCAACAUGAGUAUGGAGGACAUAGGCAAUGAAUAUUUUAAUACUCUAUUGCAAAACUCCUUAUUUCAAGAUGCUAGUGAAGAUAAGUACGGCAUUAUUACGGAGUGCAAGAUGCAUGAUCUUGUGCAUGAUCUUGCAGAGGAAGUAUUCAAAUUUGAAAGCAUGACGCGAGACACUGAUCAGAUGGAUGAUGAUGCACGCAAGAUUCAGCAUGUUGCACAUAUUUCUUCCACGACACUUGAAAGAAUUACACAAGGGAGUAUUAGGAGAUUGCAGUCGCUAUUUGUUGAUUGCGAGGUCCCUAGUAACAUCUUUGAAAGGUUUAGAGGUUUACGAAUGUUGAAUUUAUCCAAGACUGGAAUUGAGGAGUUGCCAAGUUCAAUUGGAAAGUUGAAACGCUUGAGGUAUCUCAACAUUUCCUUGACAAGAAUAAAAGAACUCCCCAAAUCUAUUGGCAAGCUCUAUAAUCUUCAGACGUUAAGAAUGUCAUAUACAGACAUUGAAACGUUUCCUAAGGAAAUGGAAAAUUUGAUCAACUUGAGACAUGUUUAUUUUGAUAAGGAUAAGGAAGUUCCAUUUGGGAUGACAAGAUUGACUCAUCUGCAAACGCUACCUUCCUUUAUUUUGGAUGAGGAUGGGCGUCAUAGACUUGAUGAGCUGGGUGAGCUAAAUGAAUUGAAAGGGAAACUAGUUAUUGGAUCAUUGGAACAUGUGAGAGACAAGGAAGAAGCAGCAAAAUCAAAUUUAGUAAGGAAAGCAAACAUACGAAAAUUGAAAUUAAAAUGGGGGUGUGACCAUUCUGCGGAUCUUGACGAGGAUAUUCUUGAAGGGCUCCAACCGCACCCCAACUUAGAAAGCUUGACGAUUGAGGAAUUCAAGGGUACUAAAUUUGCAUCUUGGAUGAUGAGAAAUUGUCGAGUAACCAAUCUUCGUCAAUUGAGAAUUAGGAGCUGUGAGAAAUUGUUGAGCUUGUGUUGUGGGUUAGAAUAUUGCCCAUCACUUGAGACGGUGGAAAUUGAGGAUUGCGACCAUUUAGAAUCCUUCCAAAUUUCACCAUCCCAAUCUCUUCAGGAGUUGAAAAUAGUUGGUUGCCCAAAGCUAAGAUGCACUUCAAUUCACAGUCUGCCCUCACUCCGCAAAUUGGUUAUUGAAAAAUGUACGUCUCUUGAGGAGUCGGAAAAUAUACAACAACAGCAGCAGGUGGAGGACUUGUCUUUAAACGGUUGCACAUCCCUCCGUAAAUUGAGAAUUAAAGAUUGCAAUGGAUUCACAAGUAUACUUAGUGGGCUCCAUUCUUGUACUAAUCUUCGCGAAGUGUUAAUCGAAAAUUGUCCAAAUUUGAGGACUUUGUCGGGUCAUGGGCUACAAACCCCCGUCUCUCUUGAAGAUCUGAGUAUCAAAUUAUGCCCUAAUCUAGAGGCUAUUCCCAGUUUAGACAACCUCACGUCCCUCACUCAUUUGGAUAUUUGGAUAUGUGGAUUAAUAAGUCUGCCGAGUGGGCUUGCAUACUGCACAUCUCUUACCAGUUUGCGUGUCACUUAUUGCUCCAAUUUGAUAUCUCUGGCGGAUCACAAUGUGUCCAGCUUGCAAUCUCUAUCUCGUUUGGAAUUAAAUAGUUGUGGGAAAUUACAAUAUUUGCCCAAGGGGCUGCACUCUCUAUCUCGUUUGGAAGAGUUGUGUAUCGGUGCCUUCUGCCAAGAGCUCGAUUCUUUCCCUGAUUUUCAGGUCCCAUCGAAAGUAUUAGGAUUGUUCGGGUGGCCUAAGCUCAAGUCUCUGCCUCAGCAUAUUCAACACUCUGCUUCCCUAACCGAGUUGACAAUUUGGAGAUUCGAUGGUCUGGAGGCUCUUCCAGAGUGGUUGGGCAACCUCACGUCUCUAACAUAUUUGGGAAUUUUGAAUUGUGAGAACCUGAUGUAUCUGCCUACGGUCGAAGCUAUGCAACGCCUAACCAAAUUACAUCGUCUAGAGAUUCACUGGUGUCCCCGUCUGGCAGAAAGAUGCGCCAAGGACAGCGGCCCAGAAUGGCCAAAGAUUUCUCACAUUCCAGAUCUGAGUAUUAUAUGAUUGUCACUUGAUGAUUCAAAAGGCUCUUACGAGAGUGAUGACGGAACCUUUCAUGAAUCGACCAUCUAUCUAUUCACCGUUGUGGGAAUCUCAACUAUCUAUCGGCACUCGGCAGUAGGGAAGCCAUUCCAAAUUUUACUGUUGCCUUCUAAAUUAAAACAAGCAACCUGCCCGACAGUCAAGUAUACACUUUUGUCAGACCAAUUUUAUGGAAGAUACACUUUUGUAGAAGGCUGUGUUUCUUCUCACUCUGUGCAGGUUCCCUCAACUAACACAGUUUUAUGAGACCAAUUUUGUGGAAGCUCACUUGAGAAGGGAAUCCAGUAAGAGAAUUGCAUUAAGAGAGGAGAGCAAUCCCAGUGCAACAAGAACUUGGACGCGAAAAUAGCAGAUUUCAGUAUGUCCAUGGUUUUUUCCAGUGAUAAUGGGACUCGUGUGGUGACAUCAGUCAUGGGCACAGAGGGUUAUCUGGACCCAGAGUAUUUUCAAAUUUCCUUGUUCUAUUAGAUUUUUUUGUCAUGGUAUGAAUACAAAUGUAUGAACAGUGAGUGGUUUAUGAAUACUUUUUUCGGUCUGCAGCAUGGAUUUUGUGCUGUGUCAUGUCAACUAACACAAUGUUUGGAAAUGAAGGUGUCUAGGCAUCCAGAAAGAACUCAAGGCUUAAAUGAAGAAACUGGCUCGAAUGAAGAAACUUGUGUUACUAUUUCACCAUACCAUAGUUCACCUAGAGUGAUUUCCUGAUGUUCAGAUUCCACAAAUGCAGGUUCCAUGACAGCACCAUGCUAAGGUAGUUCAUAGGCUGCAAUGAGACAGAGAGAUGAAGAUCUCAACUGGUUUCCUCGUCCUACUGCUUUGUGCAAGUUUCGUUCAUGGAGAGUGCCGAAUAGAUUCGAGCAAAUGCAAGAAGAACGUUGUUGUUCCAAUACCAGGAUCAUUACUAUAAAUGAUUGCCCUCCCCUUCAAGUUAUAGUGCUCAUACUGGUAUGAAAGCUGAGAAGAACAAGAAAACCAGCUGCAGAUGGAUAAAAACAUAACAAAACUCCUGUAGCAUCAAUGAAGUCCCAGUUUACUUAUGAUGAGGUUUUAGAAAUCACCGAAAACUUUGAUACUGAAAUUGAGAAAGGAGGAUUUGGGAUUGUAUACCCUGGCUACUUGGAAGAUGGUUUUUCCCAGUUAUAGUAAGACUCGUGGUGGCAUCAGUCAUGUGCACAGCGGGGUAUCUUGAUCCUGAGAAUUGUAAUUAUGAAUGGUGAAUGAAAAAUUUGAAGUUUAGAGUUUUACUGGCCAACCUGCAAUCACAGAAAAUAAUGAUCUUGUCCACAUCGUGGAGUGGGUGAAUCCUGAGUUCGAGAACGGGGAUUUAACAACUAUCUUGGUACGAAGGAUUUGAGGGGAGUUCGAUGUGAAUUUGGUCUGGAAAGCAUUAGAGACAGCAACGACAUGCACAACUUCCACCUCCCAGCAUAGAGCCACAAUGGGUUUUGUGCUGUGCCAACUAACACAAUGUUUGGAAACGGAGGUGUACGUCUAGGCAUCGAGAAAGAACUCCAUGCUCAAACGAAGAAACUCGUGUUACGAUUCCACCGUAACAUAGUUCACCUCGUGUGAAUUCCAGAUGUUCUAUUCCACAGGAGCAGGUUCCAUGACAGCACCAUUUGCUAGGUAGCUUGUUAGGCUUUAAUUGCAGCUAAAAGAAGAGGAGCAGUUGUCAUUUUGGUCAUCAACUGUCAAGUUCAAGUUUACUCCAUUUGCUAAAUACCAAUCAUCUUUCUCAAUUUGAGUGAAAGAGACGUGGAGUCCUUAGUUCGUGUAAGGUAAGUUAGUGGAAUGAGUUAAUUAGUACCAUCGAAUUCAAUUUGAGUGGUCUAAAUUACCUAUUGUUUGGGCUUCGGAUUGUAAAAUUUGGAGAGGAUCUUUGUCCAUAAAAGAGGUUUAGAAAGCUUGACUUUGUCUGACUGACACCAUAUUCAUUCAUUUUUUUUAAUAAGAAAGAGAAACUGGUCAAUGUUGGUGUUUGAGGAAGCACGCAGGUUUCAUGCAUUUGCUGUUAAAACACCAAAUAGUAGCCAUUUGGUCAAAUUGCCAUUGUUAUUUUACAUAAUGAAAUUAAAAAUGUUCUCCUUUUA